AUGUCGUAUCCGACGCGUUCUUUAUCUACCCAUAUGCGCGCCCAAAGUGGCAUCGGUGCUGCCUCUGGCCAGCAGUCUGCUCUCUCUGCUCGAAUUGAGGAGAAACGCGCCGAGCUGGAGCAUCUGAAGGAGCUCAAGGAGCUCAGCGGUGCGGUGGCGUCCCAGAUGGAGGCGUUGGAGCAGAAGCUAUCUACUUUGGCAGAUGGAACAGACGCUAUCGCAGCGGUGAUUGGUAACUGGCACAACGUGCUGGGUGCCAUCAAUAUGGCAUCAACAAAACUCGCAAAGCAAGCACCUUCAACCGCUACCGAAAAUGAUGAAGCUGAACAAGGCGGACCGCUCCCAGAGACGCUCGUACGAAUUCCAACAGAACACGCGCCAACGUUGCAUGCUCAGACGGAAAAUAUAGAAGCUGCAGCGGAGGACGUAUCCAUGACGAGCCCGCAAUGA